AUGGCACCGGGAGAACUUUCGUUUGGCCAAUGCUUCGAUGGGAUCACCUCGACACCAGGAGGGGGAUGCCUGAUGACCCCUCCUCCACCAUACCGCAUCAACACAUCUUCCCCCGCAUCUCGAGGCAACAUGGUAUAUCAACAAGCGAUGAACCAAGUGGCCGAUGCCUCAUUCUUUGACGAAGCACUCGGCACUUCCCCAAUCCCGACAGAGGUUGGUCUUGGCUUUCCGCCGCCCCCGCCUCAAUACGUUAUGGCAGCGAAGAUCCCCGAGGAUCAUGAACCUGCCCAGUCAGUUUUACCGACCGUAGAACACGAACAGAAACCGCCCACCCGAUCCCAAAACCGACGGAAAUCCCAAGCAACUUCAACCGUGUCAGCAUCCAGUGCCUCGGCAUCCGUUCCUGAUGCACCGAAACCAAGAAAGCGUGGCCGGAAAGCUAAAGCCGAACCUAAAGAGUCAACAAGGGCACGCCGCACUCAAAAGGAGGAGAGCGAUGAGGACGAAGAGCUUCCAAAAGAUCCCCGGCGAAGGCGCAUCCUCGAACGCAAUCGGGUCGCUGCUACAAAGUGUCGCCUGCGUAAACGGGAUGAAGCAUCAGCACUCGCCUCUAGGGAGCAGGCCAUGGAGGAUCAGAACCGAUACCUUUCAACAUCCUUCGACCAACUGACUGCCGAAAUCUACCAUCUGAAGACCCAGCUCCUGCGGCACACCGAUUGCAACUGCGUCCUCAUUCAAAAAUACAUCGCAAACGAAGCGAGAAAGUCCGUCGACGGCCUCUUGUCUUGCUCUUCAGCCUUCCAACUCCCUACGGACAGACCCACCCCUUCAUACCAUCGGGGCUCAAGCGGCAGCGGAACAAGUGGAACCGAUUCGCUAAGCAUACGAACACCCGAGAUGGAAAGCGGUCCACCAACAUGGACUGAUCCUUUCCAGCAAGGCUCGAGGUCGUCGGAGGUCGAAGAUGAUAUGUUUGACAUGGUGUUGGAGCCGUUCCAAAAAGAACCUCCAAUGCUCUCGAGCCAAUCCAUGUCAGAUAUACCUUCCUUGUCCCGAUGCGACCAAGGAGUAUUUGCUAGCUCGGGGCCACAGCUCCAGCCAGUGGUUGGAAUGGUCUGGGAAUCACAAUGGGGAUUUCAGUGA